AUGAAGCCCACUCAGGUCAUCAUCGCCCUUGCUGCCAUUGCUUAUGCAGCCCCCGUCGCAGAGGAGACCAAGAUCGAGGGUCUGGAACUAGCCGAUGACUUCCCGCUUGCCGACCUUGAAGCAUACUUUGAGCACCACCUGAACGGCCAAGACUCCGAGGUCAACUCUCUCCAGGCCAGGCAGUUCAGUUCAAGCAGCUACAACCAGCUCACUGACGGGACACCCUGUCGCCCUGUCACUGUGGUAUACGCCCGGGGAACUACCCAGGCUGGUAACGUAGGAGAUCCGGCCGCAGUUGGGCCCAUCUUGUUCAACAACCUUGCUUCCCGUAUUGGCCUGAACAACUUAGCCGUCCAGGGUGUUGCCUAUCCGGCCAACGUUGCCGGAUUUCUGGCAGGAGGAGACGCUGUCGGCAGCAAGACAAUGGCUGAUCUAAUUACCCGGGCUGCCAGCCAGUGCCCCAGCACUAAGAUUGUCAUCAGCGGCUAUAGUCAGGGUGCACAACUCGUGCACAAUGCUGCAGCCAUGCUGUCCGCCUCUGUGACCAACCGAGUCACUGCUGCUGUUACCUUUGGUGACCCUAAGCGGAGCCAGCCUUUUGGCACUAUUCCCUCGUCGCGUACUCAAGUUUAUUGCCGGCAGGGGGAUAACAUCUGUGAAGGCGGCAUCAUUAUCACCCCAGCGCAUAGCCAGUACCAGCAAGAUGCUCCUGCUGCGGCUGACUGGAUUGCAGCUCGCGUCUAA